UUUUGAGGUAGAUUUCCGUUUUAAACUUUGUCAUGAAAAAAGAAACUUUACAAACCCAAGUUGCUACUAGAGGGUUUUUCCUGGAUCAGACAGGUGUUAACUCUGCAUAAUACCAUGUUCUGACUCAGUCUAACCAUGGCACAUGUUAUUAUCAAUUUGUAAGUAGCAAGUAAUGGAGGAUUUCCUAUAAUUGCAGGUUUCCAAGCAACACAUCUAUACCCUGGGCCACCAAUGUACUGCUGUGCAAUGGGAAAUGUUUGUCCACCUGGGAUAUGCAGGUGACAUAUGGUUCCCGGAUCCCACCCCCUUUCUGUUCAAAGGUUAUUGGUGAACUGAACGGAAACAAUAUAGAGGAUGUCAUUGCUCAGGGUAACUGCAAACUUGCCAGCAUGCCAGUUGGUGGAGCUGUAGCAGUCUCAGCUGGACCAGGUUCUGCUGCUCCUGCUGCUGCUGAGGAGAAGGAGGAAUCUGACAACGACAUGGAAUGUGGCCUAUUUGACUAAACUUUUGCUACAGAAGCU